AUGAAAGAUUACUCAAGUGCACUUGAGUAUUUUGAAAAGUGCCUGGCGAUAGUUGAACCCACGUUACCAAAAGAAAACUCUGUUCAAGCUGUUACAUUAAGUUGCAUUGGUCAUGUUCAUCAGUUAAUGGGUAAUUAUGAAAAGGCAUUGUCAUUUCAUCAAAAAGCAUUGAUUAUUCAAGAAACUUCCCAAUAUAAGCCUCUGGAUUGUGCAACAACAUACACAAACUUAGGUGAAACAUAUCGUGAAAUAAAAGAUUAUUCAACUGCAUUGACAUAUUUUCAAAAAGCAUUAGAAAUAUGCGAAAAGACAUUACCCAAAACUCAUCCUCGUUUUGCUAUAAUUUAUCAUAAUUUGGCGAAAUUAUAUUUGGCUACUGGACAAUAUGAUACUGCAAUGAAAAAUGCUCAACAAUCGCUAGAAAUUGUUCAAGAUAAAUUACCUUCAAGUCAUCCUCAUGUAUUAGACUAUAAGGAGACAUUUGAAAGGAUCAAAAACAAACUAGAGAUUUGUUUUUAA